AUGAAAAAUGAUUUAUCAAUUCCAUAUGAAAAAGGAUACCAUAUUGUUGGUAUAAAUCGUGGUAAACCUGCAAAAUUAUAUUAUGAAAUUUAUGGUAAAAAAAAUUCAAAAAAUAAAGUUGUAUUAGUAAUGGGAUUUAUGCAACCUGGAUCAGCUUGGAAAUUUCAAUUAGAUUAUUUAUUAAAACAAACAGAUUAUGAAGUUUGUAUAUAUGAUAAUAGAGGAAUUGGUAAUUCAAAUUCAUUAUCAUUUUCAAUUAAAACUCUUGCUCAUGAUUCAAUUGAUUUAGUAAAAUGUUUAAAAUGGAAGAAUGUAAAUUUUGUUGGUACAUCAUUAGGUGGUUCAGUUUGUAUAUUUAUUUCAAGUUUUAUUGAAAAGGAAUUAAUAAAUUCUAUGACUAUAUCAGCACCAUGGUUAGGUUUAUUUGCACCUAAAAUUCCAAUAGGAUGUUACCUCUAUGUUAAAUCAGUACUUGAAAAAAAUGAAAGGAAAAAGUUUGAAAUAUCAUUUAAAACUUUAUUUUCCCAAAAUUAUUUAAAUUCUCAAUCACUUUCAAAUCCACUAAAAACUAAAAAUGAAUCAAUGAUUGAUAGAGCAAUUGAACAGCAACAACAACGACAACAACAAAAUUCAUCAAAGACACUUUUUAGUAGUUUAUUAAUAGUAUUAUUUUUAAAAAUUUCACCAUUUAUUUUAAGUGAUAUAAAAAAUAAACAAUAUUUAAAUGUUUGUGUUAUUAGUGGAAAACAAGAUAUUUUAGUGGAUUUACAAUCAAUUAAAAAGAGACUAGUGAAUAAUAUUAAGCCAAUGAAUUUUAAAAUCUUGGAUUCUGGUCAUUGUGUAAAUAUUGAAACCGUUGCUCAAUAUAAUAAAAUAAUAGUUGACCAUAUUGAUGAAAGUAAUAAAUUAAAUAUUCUUAAAAGAAAUAAUAAUAAUUGUUCAAAUACUUAUAAUAUAAAAUCAAACUAUCUUUGUAAUAAUAAUAAUAAUAUUACCAAUUACUUUUUUAAGAAUAUUUUAAAAUUUUUUAAAAAAUAA